AUGUCUGGGCGUGGAAAGGGAGGCAAGGGUUUGGGAAAGGGAGGAGCAAAACGGCAUCGUAAGGUGUUGCGUGAUAACAUCCAGGGAAUAACCAAGCCUGCGAUUCGGCGUUUGGCUCGUAGGGGUGGCGUGAAGCGUAUCAGUGGUCUUAUCUACGAAGAGACGCGUGGCGUCCUCAAGAUCUUUCUUGAGAAUGUGAUUCGUGACGCCGUUACUUACACUGAGCAUGCCAGGAGAAAGACCGUUACGGCAAUGGACGUGGUCUAUGCUCUCAAGAGACAGGGAAGAACCCUAUACGGAUUUGGGGGCUAG